AUGGAGGACGAUCACCGAUACCGCGUCGAGUACGGCGAGAAUGUAGUGCCAAAAUACCCAGCGCGGAAUGAUGAAGGCCUCGAAGUUGUUCCCAAUGAUUCGCCCCUAUAUCCCAUGCCGGCACAUUCCCCUCUCCAUACGGUCGGAGAGAAUAAGUGGGAAUCUAGCUCAAAGACGUCAGCCGAUGCGGCAGCGGCAGCAACACCUGAAAAGGGCAAAGAUGGAGAGAGGCGGAGGAUAAUGGGGCUCACGGUCCCGUGGUUUUGGGCGGUGAUUGUGAUUCUCAUUGUGAUUCUUGCGGCAGGCAUCGGAGGUGGAGUAGGUGGAGGUAUACAGACACAGCAGAGGUUGAGGAAUAAUGCUGGUGCCUCGAGCGACACCACAAGCACGCUGCUACCAUCAUCGACGUUGCCAACGCCGACGUCAGGAGCGGCAAGCGGCCCCCUCCCAUCGGAUAGCGGGUGUCCGUUGAUCCAGGGACAGACGUACACGCCGUACGCCGCGGACGGGAAGUCGAUCCCGCUCGAGCCGGGCUUGGAGGGACAGCAGUUCCGGCAGCAGUGCUACACGAACUACGUGUCGUCGGCUGCGACGCACUCGCACGACAUAUUGCGGAUAUUCAUGCCGACGCUCGAGAAUUGCAUCAUGGCGUGCGCCGAGUACAACUCAGCGUACCGCGCAAGCAUCAACGGGGAUGUGGACGUGGGCGGGGGUUACUGCGUGGGCGUGACGAUCGCCAAGGUCAAUGCCGGGUUCUGCUAUCUGAAGAACUCAACGAGCACGAAUGAUACGAUGGGCCAGCCGAAUACGUAUUCUAGUGCCGUGUUGCUCACUGAUCUUAAUACGACUUUGGUUUAG